CAGGAGUCCAGCAGAAGCCGGAACACUUGAGGCGGCCAUGGUAGGACGCGCAGCUUUGAGCCGGGCUGCUGCUUUCAGUUUGAUCGCGCUUGCGUCAUCGUGGGCCUUCACUCCGUUGACCGGCUCCACUUGGUCGCGAGAAAUCUCUGCACGCAACUCAGGGAAAGCAGCUGAUGGCCAAGAUGAGGCUGUGCCCUUUUGGUCUGCUCCCUCCACAGGAGACUGGAUCAUCCGCGUGAAGCAGGACACGGACAUCAACUCAGCCGUGGGGGUUGUGACUGCCAAGCUCCAGGAGCACGGACAAGUUGCGAUCGACUUCUGCGGGCAGAACGCUGCACAGCAGGCCUGCCGCUUGCUGCAGAAGCAGGUGAGCGGGUACCAGAAGAUCUUGGCGAGCCUCGGCGGCAGCCUGGCGCUUCUGCCACAACAAGUUAAGGCCAAUGAGGUGACCAGCAUCCAGCUGCACGCACGGCCGAUUUCCUGGGAUGGGAACUGCGAGGGCGAAAUCCUGAGAGCUCCCAAUGGCGAGGAUAAAAUCACGGGCCUUGCGUCCAGCAUCGUCAACCGGGCCCAGCAAGACACAUGCGUCCGAGUGGCCGCCCUGGGCAAAGAAAAGUUGUACCUCGUCAUGAAGGCCCUGAUCAGAGCAAAUAACUUCUGGGGCAAAAACGCAGAGAGCGAGGAGAUCCGGCUGUGGGCGAUUCCACAGUUGGAGCAGCUGGAGGGCAUGGAAAUGAUGUCCACAGUGUGGACCAUCGUCAAGGGCCCACAGCUCUGAGCAAGGACUGUUCUGUAGUUUGGCCGUUGCUUUGCUAGCCUUGCAUGAGGCUAGCACCCAGCUGCGAAAUUCUUGCAAAAGAUCCUUGAAUCUCCCCCAGUCAAAACUCUUCGGACUUCUGACAGAGUUCUUCCCAGCUGCCUUGCACGGCAGAAAGCAUAUGCAGGAAGGGCCUUGUGAAAUCAUGGUGGCUGGGUGAGUAUUUCGGCCAUGGCGAUUUGGAUGCUUUUGCUCGCAUAUGUGGCGGAUUUUGUGGAGUCCUGUCAUUAUUCUCUUGUAUCCGCAAGUUCCAGACAAUGGAAGUGCAGCGGAUCCACUUUGCCAUGGGCCUGUCAAGUGGAGCAACCGCGAGGGCCUUUGGUACGAGUCCCCAUGUUGUAGUGAGCUGGGCCAGUGUAAGAUAGAGCCACCAUGCUCGGGCCUGACUAUGCCAAAGAUACACAGGCUUGAUCUUGUUUAGAUCUUCGUGCAAAGUCUCAAGUACAGCGCCCCUGCCGCUGCUUGGGCAGAGGCCGCACAUAGCCCAGCCAAGUGUUGGUGCCCGAGCAUUUAUGAAGAGAGCAGGGGACACUGGCUUGGCCGGCCCGUCUGCAUAUGCAGUGACGGAAAAUAGCCUGACUUUGCAC